AUGAUCCCGCUCAAUCGCGAUCGACUCGCUCCCUCGAUCACCCAGCCGGCUCAUACUAUGCUCCCACCGCCAGCCCUGGCCCAGCGCCUCGAUACCAAACCUUCCACUCCCGUCAAAAGCCCUGAAAAGCUCUCCUUGAACGACGACGCUCCCGCCUUCCCCGUCGCACCCACCCCGAGCGCCGCUACCAUGUCCGACUACACCUUUACCACUAAACUGGGCGUCUUGCGCCCCUCGCGGAUACACGAAACGUGCUACACCGUGAAACACCGCACAGCUCUCAUCUUCCAGUUUAGCAGACUAGCCAACUUUUACUUCCUGGUUAUGGGUAUCAUGCAGAUGAUACCCGGCCUGAGCACAACUGGAAAAUACACCACUAUUGUGCCUCUCGCCAUCUUUGUGUCCUUCAGUAUGGCAAAGGAAGGUUGGGAUGACUAUCGGCGGUAUGCCCUCGACAAAGCCGAGAAUUGCAGCACCGCAUGGGUGCUGCGUGGCGCUAAAGACGCAUCCGGGUCUAGGCGAUCGCAGACCCUCAUAGACCGUCUCAGGGACCGAAAGAACAAUGGCAAAGUAAGCACAGACGUCGACGAUUCCGCUCAUCGGGAGGAUGCGGAUGGCAGUUGGAUGCGCGUCGAGUGGCAAGAUAUCGUUGUUGGCGACAUUGUGCGCCUCAACCGUGACGACAAUGUGCCUGCGGACUUAGUGCUGCUCCACGCCUCUGGUCCUAAUUGCAUUGCCUAUAUCGAGACCAUGGCCUUGGAUGGUGAAACAAACCUCAAGAGCAAGCAAAGUUGCCCCCUCGUGGCAGGCCUUUGUUCUACGGUCGAUGCCUUACGACAGUGCCGAGCGCAGGUUGUGUCAGAAGAUCCAAACCUCGACCUCUACAACUACGACGGCCGAAUUACCGUCAAUGGCGAGACCCUUCCUUUAACGUCGAACAACAUCUUGUACCGAGGAUCGACCGUGCGAAACACGACCGAAAUGAUUGGCCUCGUCGUCAACUCUGGUGAAGAGUGCAAAAUCCGCAUGAACGCUCACAAAAAUGUCCGGGCCAAGGCCCCUGCCAUCCAGAGCAUUAUCAACAAGAUUGUCCUCUUCCUUGUCUUCUUUGUCGUCAUGAUCAGCAUCGGUUUGACUAUUGGUUACUACCGCUGGAGGUCCGGCGGUUUCGAGAAACAGCUUUGGUACCUUAUGGAAGCGAGUUUGUCCUUCAAGAACAUUUUUAUCGCCUUCCUCCUCAUGUUCAACACCCUUAUCCCCCUCUCCCUAUAUAUUAGUCUUGAGAUCAUCAAGCUCGGUCAGCUCUACUUUCUCGGCGACAUUGAGAUGUACGACCCUGUCACCAACACUCCAAUGGUGGCCAACACUAUGACCAUCCUCGAGAACCUUGGCCAGGUCAACUACGUCUUCUCCGAUAAAACUGGUACACUUACGGAAAAUGUGAUGCGGUUCCGCAAAUUGUCCGUCGCUGGUACCGCUUGGCUCCACGAUAUGGAUGUCAUGCGCGACGAGGCCGAAAAACAACGCAAGAUCGAGGAAUCAGAGCGACUGCGCAAAAAGAGGAAGAAGCACAAGAAGAAGGAGUUGAAGCAGUCGGGCACGUCCGGAGCCUCGGCUGGAAAGGCCGUUGAUGAUGAGGACGAAGAUGAUGGCACGACCGAUGUCGCCGGCCCCGCCGGCCCGCGUGAAAGCAUGGCCCUUUCCGAUUUUGGCUCGCCUAUAUCGCCCGUUGCUGGUAGGUUUGCACCUUCCGGAAUAGGCGGGAAGACGGAGGAUCUACUGCGCUACCUCCGUGAACGGCCCAAUACGUCAUUCUCGAGAAAGGCAAGGCACUUCAUCAUCUGCAUCGCUCUCUGCAACACUUGCCUGCCCGAGCUUACGGAAAGCGGUGAGAUUUCUUACCAGGCCGCGUCGCCCGAUGAGCUUGCCCUCGUUGAGGCGGCUCGUGACUUGGGAUACGAGAUGAUCGACCGACCAGCCAACAGCAUCAAGCUCAGGUACACCGACCCCACUACCGGUCAUAUCACGGUGGAACAAUUUGAGGUGCUCGAUGUCAUCGAGUUCACCAGCAAGAGGAAACGCAUGUCCAUCAUUAUUCGGAUGCCCGAUGGUCGCAUCUGCGUGCUUUGUAAGGGCGCCGACAGUGCCCUGCUCCCACGCUUGAAGCUCAGUGGCCUUGCCAUUCAAAAGGCACGUGAGGUCGAGAUUCAGGCUAACAGGCGGCGCAGCGAAGAGCAGGAGAGCAUCAUCCGCCGGCGCAGCUUGCACGGGACCCCACGCAACAGCAUGGCCCUCAGUCGCUCCUCGAUGUCGGGUGCCCGCCCGGCCCUUGCUAGACUCGGUUCGGCUGCUCGCGCUUCACUCGAUUUUAGGCCUGGUGGCGAGCCCCACCGCAACGUCCAAGGCGGAAGGGUAUUUUACCCCCGACCUAGCCUGACACUCUCGACCUACGAGGCGAUGGAGAACCUAGUAGACGAGUCCGUGGCCGUUAACGAGGGAACCAUCUUUGAGCGUUGCUUCCAACAUACGGAUGAUUUUGCCACAGAGGGACUUCGAACCCUGCUCUUCGCCUACCGGUACGUAGAAGAAGAUGACUACCGCACGUGGAAGAAGAUGUACCACGAAGCGACGACGAGUCUGGUGGACAGACAGCAGAGGAUCGAAGCGGCUGGCGAAGUGAUUGAACAAAAGUUUGAUCUCGCAGGGGCGACGGCUAUUGAAGACAAGCUACAAGAGGGAGUGCCUGAGACGAUUGACAAACUCAGGCGGGCCAACAUCAAGGUAUGGAUGCUUACAGGGGAUAAGAGGGAAACAGCCAUCAACAUCGGACAUUCGGCCAGAGUGUGCAAGCCCUUCUCCGAGAUCUACAUUCUCGACGCCAACCUGUCCAACCUCUUUGACACGCUCACAUCAACACUCACCGAAGUCGGCCGCGGCAUGGUCCCUCAUUCGGUCGUUGUCGUGGAUGGUCAGACCCUCUCGGAUAUAGAUGACGAUAAGACUUUGAGCGCCCUCUUCUAUGAUCUCGUCGUUCGCGUUGAUUCCGUCAUCUGCUGCCGAGCCUCGCCUUCGCAAAAGGCGCAGCUCGUCAAAAAGAUUCGCCACCGGAUGCCCAAGACGAUGACGCUUGCCAUCGGUGAUGGCGCUAACGAUAUUGGCAUGAUCCUUGCCUCGCACGUCGGUAUCGGCAUCUCGGGCCGAGAAGGUCUUCAGGCCGCCCGUAUCGCCGACUAUUCGAUUGCCCAAUUCCGAUUCCUUCAGCGUCUCCUUUUCGUUCACGGCCGCUGGAACUAUAUCCGGACUAGCAAGUACGUCCUCGCCACGUUUUGGAAGGAGAUCUUCUUCUUCAUGGCCCAGGCCCACUAUCAGCUUUUCACGGGCUACACCGGCACAUCGCUCUAUGAAAAUUGGAGUUUGACUGUCUUCAACGGCGUGUUCACCUCAAUCCCCGUCAUCAUUCUCGGUAUCCUCGACCAAGACCUUAGCGCCAAGACGCUGCUGGCCUUCCCCGAACUCUACAAUUUUGGGCAGCGGUGCAAAGGGUUCAACUAUACGAAUUUUAUCAUUUGGGCCGUCCUCGGCGCCGUCGAAUCCUGUGUGCUGUUCUACAUGGUGUGGGCCGCAUACAGGUAUAUGCUCUUCACCUCGGACACUUCUCUGUUCGCCAUGGGCCAUGCUAGUUUCACAGUUGGGGUCGUCUUUAUCAAUGUCAAGCUCCUGGUUCUCGAGAUGCACACCAAGAAUAUUGUCACAUUUGCAGGACUCUUCCUCUCGGUGACUGGCUGGUUCAUGUGGAAUUUGCUCCUCGGUGCCAUCUAUCCCGACGGUCUUAACAUCUAUCAGGUGCCCGGGGCGUUUAUGCACAACUUUGGCCGCACCUUAAGCUGGUGGGCCAUCGUGUUGCUCGUGCUGCUCACCCUCAUCGUCAUUGAGCUGGUCGUUUCUGCUGUCCGCAGGGUGUACUGGCCCGGCGACUGGGACAUUAUGCAACGCGUUGAGAAGGAGGGCAAGAUUGAAGAGAUGCGUCGGAGGGUUGACGCCGAGAGGGGAGACCUGGACGCAACCGAGGCGGCCGAUGGUGGUAGCCCGGUAGAUGGCGGUUUAGAGAUGCAAGAAGUGCGGAACACGGCUGACAACCUCGCGGUUCCCAACGCCGGAGGCAGCGAACAGCGGUCAAGCUUCCAGGAAAUGCGCUCGAGCUUCCAAGACAGACGGCCCAGCUUCCAGGACAAGAGACACAGUUUCCAGGAGCGUAGGGCUGACACAUCGGCGCAGAGGUGGCCCCGGCGAUCUCACGACGAGUACGCGAGGCCCACGUCGUUUAUGCCCUUGAGCAGGCAGGGUAGCUUACCUGAGGAUGGAAGGGAGAGCUAA